AUGGUCGGUGGAUUGGCAGAGGACACGCAACAUAGUUUCGCGGUCGACUACGACAACAAUCAGUUCCUGCUGGACGGGAAACCCUUCCGCUACGUUUCCGGUAGUUUCCAUUACUUCCGCACUCCCAGGCAGUACUGAAGGAACCGUCCAAGAAAAAUGAGCGCCGCGGAACUCAACGCGGUCUCCACCUACAUCGAAUGGAGCCUUCACGAGCCAGAAUGAGGCCAGUUUAAUUGGUCCGGUGACGCGGAUAUAGUAGAAUUCUUAAGCAUCGCCGAGCAGGAAGAUCUGCUCGUGUUGUUGCGGCCGGAGCCUUACAUCUGCGCGGAAAGGGACUUGGAUAGUUUGACGUACUGGAUGCUUCGGGACGCGCCGGAUAUAAAAUUGCGCACGAAGGACGCACAUUUCGUGAGGAGCGCUGCGCUUUACUUGACUAAACUGCUAGACAAGAUAGAGCCAUUUCUCCGAGGCAGCGGAGGACCUAUCAUCAUGGUUCCGGUGGAGAACGAGUACGGGAACUUUAACGCCUGCAACGCGGAGUACCUGAGGAUCCUGAAAAGGCUCUUCCUCGACAAGAUCGGCGACAAAGCUCUUCUGUACACGACCGACGGCACGUCCGAGUCAAUGCUUCGUUGCGGUACUAUACCAGGCGUAUUCGCCACCGCCGACUUCGGCUCGGGUGCUAACGUCACCAAGGCUUUCGAGGCUUUGCGAACCAAGCAGCCGAAAGAUCCUCUGGUGAACUCCGAGUUCUAUCCGGGAUGGCUGAUAUACACAAGAGGAAGAGGAUAUAUCCCAAAAAAUUAUUUCUCAAAAAUUAGCCGAGUUCUGCUUACUACUAUUACUCUGUCUAUCGCAGAAACGAUCGGCUAUUAUUUAAUUCUCUUCUUUCUUAGCAGCUGA